AUGAACACAUAGUAGAACUAACUUUAGCCUAAGAGCUAGGCAUUCCACCCAAGUAACAAGAAGAUUUCAAAUACUAAUAUGGGAAUGUAAAAUUAGUCGCCUGAUAGAGGGAAUUACAAUAAUGGAGGGGCUGUGAAUAAAUUGGUUGAGACUUUAAUGCAGGAGAAGGAGAUAGACAGGAUGAUUAUCCUGAAUUACUAGACUGAAUUGUGUGAUAAGUCAAGCAAUAUAUAGCAGUGUCCAGAUAGUGAUUCAUGCGUCAAGGCUCAUCUUGAGAACCAAUCUUAAAAGAGAAGAUACCCUCUCACAUUCGAUAACAGUCAACUAAGAUAUAUCGCAGCAUUAUGUCCUGUAGUUGAAUAGUGCCAGAGGAAAGAAAAUUGCUCACUCGCUCACUCGACAGAAGAAAUAAAGUAUCAUCCGACAUAGUAUAAAACAGAAUUAUGCUCUACUGGAUAAAAUUGCAGCCUAAAACUCCAGUGCUCUUUUGCGCACUCACCCUCUGACUUAAGAAACGUCACAAACUACUUCAUCAUCGCAUCUCAGUCUCAAAGCUCUACUAAUUUCUCAUCGAAUUCUAUUCUCAACAGUAACAUGAGUGGAAGUGCAUCAUUAGGAGUAAAUAAUAAUUAUUAAGGGUCAGGAAUAUAUGGCGAAAACAACCCAAAUAAAAUUGGAUUAUCCCCAAGCACCUCUUUCAAUAAUCAAUUCGGGAGCAGUAAUAAUUUAGGAGAGAUGAUUGGUAAAAGUAAAUCAGGUAUAUUUCCACCAAGUAUCUUGCAAGGUGAAUCUAUGAGGGUUAAUGAUGAUGUCAUCACGUAUAUAGAUUUGUACAACUUCAAGACAUAAUAAUGUAAGGUACCUUAUCAGCAUAAUCCCAAAAAGUGCUUCUUCUAUCAUGAAGCUAAAAAGGAUAGAAGAAGACCUCUUGGUACAUACACAAGUGAGAUUUGUCCUUACGUGAUUAAUAGUGCGACACAUUUUGAAUGCUAAAUGGGCGAUAGCUGUGCAAGGUCCCACAACAGAGUCGAGGAAUUCUACCACCCAGAAAAGUACAAGGUGAAGUUUUGCUCUUCAUAUCCUGACAAAGUAGAAUCUUGUGACUACGGAGACAUGUGCGCCUUUGCUCAUUCCGAAGAUGAAGUCACCGUGGAUUUAUUAGACAAAUUUGAGAAGAACACCGAUUUUUACAUGUUUCACUUUAAAACUGUCUGGUGCCCUUACUCAGAUACUAAUCACCCUAGAGAUGCUUGUGUUUAUGCGCACAAUUGGUAGGAUUUCAGAAGAAAGCCUCAUGUUUUCGAUUAUGAGAAGGAACAAUGUCCUUAAUGGGAAACCAAGAAUUUCAUUCAGACUUAUGCUGAUGGAUGCAAGCAUGAAUACCGAUGCAAAUUUUCUCAUGGCUGGAAAGAACAAGAAUACCAUCCACUUAACUAUAAAAUGCAUGCUUGCAGAUAAAUCGAGUAAUGCUAAAAACCACAUUGCCCCUACUAUCAUUCUGAAUAAGACAGAAGAUAGCCAAUCAAUCAGUUUUUUAAGAUAUUUCCCAAGAAUAGAGGUACAGUGGUAUAACAAACACAAAUCUAUUAACCAAUAUUUUUGAAUCUUUUAUUCAACGUUCCAAGCAGGACAUGCCAAACUUAUAUUGACCAAUUGACUGGUCAGCAAUAACAAUUGUUUGUUACCUAAUCAAUUUAUGGUUGUGGGCCUUAAAGUAUUCCGAUUAUAGAUCCUAAAGUAGUGAUGUCAUUUUAACAAUCUCAGAUGAUGAAAAACUAAGCUACGACAACAACUUCUCAUCACAUCCAUUCAUAAAUAAUGGCAUAAUAAGAACUGGCAAAUUCUAUGAAAUCUUAAAGACUUCCUGUGAGUUAGUCCAACCCAAAUUACUUCAGCCAGUAACUUAUGUAAAAUUAAGUGAAUGGGUUUUAAUCAUAAGCAGCAGCGUAGGCUUUCUAGCAUCAGUAAUAACUUGCUGCAAUAGCUAGAGUGCAAUCUCACAAUACUAUAUAACAGCAGUAACAAUAGCAAGCCUCUUAAUUAAAAAAGGUAUCAUCGACACUUUCUACUUAAUCAGCAGAGUUCAAGAGAUUCAAUAAUCCGAUACUAAAUCAGAAUCUGAUUUACUAGUAGCAGCAAUAAUAAGCUUAUCAAAAUGAAGGAAUUCUCCAGCCUCCUCCAGGGUUUGAAGAUAUUCAAAAUCAACAGCAAUAAAUGGCUAACAGAUUCACUGCAUCCUAGAGUGUUCCAAACUUCGCAUAAUUUAUGGGUGAAAACUCUGAUUUGAAUCUGAAUAUUGGCCAUCAAGAACAUUUGUAUAACUAGCAGACCCCAACAGGAAUACACAAUCUCAAUGAAUUCAAUAUGAAAAACAACAUGUACUAAAUGCAGUAACAGUAGUAGCUGCAUCUACAAUAAAACCAGAAUUAAAACUAGUUCAACAAUAUGCAAGGCUCUCUAACAAAUGCUCACUCUAUGCCUAACAUGCUGAAUCAACAGAAUAUGGCACCUAGUAACUAUUUGAAGUAAUAAAGCUAAUUUGCAAAUCAAUAUCAAAUCAAGAACUAGUCUAAUGUCCCAUCAUAAUUCUUCCAGGAGCAAUAGAGAUAAAUGGCAUCUUAAUAAAUGAUGAAUCAGCCGUUCUAAUAUAAGCAGACUUCUUAGCAAUAAAAUGAGAAAUAGUCUUCUGGACCACAGUGGGGACCUGGAUCAAGCAGCUAGCUCUCAAAUAACUAAGGGGUUGUCCAGAAUCAAAAUUCAGUAUUUAACAAUGGAGUAUUUGGUUCCUUCCCUAUAGGUGAAGAACCCUAAUACAGACAAAGACCAUCGGAAGAUGAGAGCAAAUUAAUAAUUGAUGUGAACUCCCCUCUAUCUGAUGAUGAAGGAGAAGACGAUGAUGAUGACUUCCAAAACAUUAAGUUCAUCAUUGGCAAAAAUAAAAAGCCUAGCCAGAAGACGCACAGGAAAGACCAUAGCAUCAACUAAACUCAGAGUUAGAGUGAAAUCGAGAACUUCCUUCUAUAAAAUAACCUGUCUCAUCUGAAUUAAUUCGUGCAAUCUCUUAAUCUUAACAAUCUUCAACAACUUAAGACAUUUAAACCUGAUGACAUCAAACUUUACCUGGGCCCUGACUAAGUCGACGCAAGCACCAACCUAAUAAAAGCUUUAGAAAAGUUGAACAUUGAAGAUUGA